GGAUUAUUGUGAUUGGGAAGCAGCCGCGGCCAUCUUGGUUCUGCACCGAGGAGAGAACGGACGACGCCACUGGAGCUUGUCGGCUAACGUUAGCUGAUAGGGGGGAAAAAAAUUAAACCUUAAACUCUACUAUGCUUCACACGCCUUCUUGCUGUUUACUUGAAGUCGCUUUGAUGGCAUGAAAAUGAGAACAAAUCACGUUCUCUCUUUUGCGCUAUAAAUCCUCGGUCCAUGUUUAAAAUUUCCUGAUAGAAGAGUUACUAUGAAUGGAGGAUAAAUGUUGCCAAAGGCUGACAGCAGCAGUUUUGUCCUUUUCUCUCUUCUCUUCGUCCUCACCUUAACGGACCCACCACGGACAGGUCCACGAAUAGCUCUGGCAAGAUUAUUGUCAGAGCAGCACUGCAGUGCCGGGCAGUUUGACUGCGGCAGUGGGAAGAUGCAGUGUAUCCCAAUGAAGUGGCGUUGUAACGGCUGGGCAGAAUGUGAGGACGAGAGCGAUGAGAUGGGCUGUCCCCCUAUAAAAGAACGGUUCCAUUUUGGAAAUGGCUACGACCAGGUCAAAGACGUCACCGGUGUGGCUCAGCCUGGCCGCUUCCACCAAAAGUGCCCCAGUGGGUGGCACCACUAUGAGAAGACGACCAGCUGCUACAAAAUCUACCUAAGGAAUGAAAACUACUGGCAAGCUGUGGACACGUGUCAGAAAGUUAAUGGUUCAUUGGCCACCUUUGUUACCAGUGAGGAGCUGCAGUUUGUACUUAAGAUUGAGGUGGUUGACGAGAACGUCUGUGAGCGCAGAGAACAGUGCAGGUUUUGGGUUGGCUACCAGUAUGUCAUCACCAAUCAGAACCACACUCUGCAGGGUCACUGGGAGGUGGCAUAUAAAGGGCCGACAGAGGUGUUCCUGCCACCUGAGAGACUGACCAGCGUUUGCGAGGUCUCUCCCACCCAAGACAACGUCUUCUGCGCACAGCUGCAGCGCUUCCAGAUCAAAACUGUGAAUGACCGUGGCCUACACAGCUGGAAAGCUGAGAACUGCUACAAAAAGUUUCCAUUUCUUUGCAAGAGGAGGCAAACAUGUGUGGACAUAAAAGACAAUUUUGUAGACGAGGGCUACUACUUCACCCCUAAGGGUGACGACCCGUGUCUGGCCUGCACAUGUCUCGACGGUGAGCCCGAGAUGUGUGCGGCCCAUCUGUGUGAGCGGCCACAGGGCUGCCAGCACUUACGCAAGGAUCCUAAAGAAUGCUGCAAGUUCACCUGCCUGGACCCAGAUGGAAACAAUCUGUUUGACUCGAUGGCCAGCGGGAUGAGACUGAUCGUCAGCUGUAUCUCAUCCUUCCUUAUCCUGUCUCUCCUGCUCUUCAUGGUGCACAGGCUCCGUCAGCGACGACGUGAACGAAUUGAAACACUGAUUGGAGGAAACCUGCACCACUUUAACCUUGGAAGACGAGUCCCAGGCUUUGAUUACGGCCCGCAUGCCUUUGGCACCGGACUCACACCUCUGCACUUGUCUGAUGAUGGAGAGGGAGGUGCUUUUCACUUCCAGGAGCCUCCGCCACCCUACGUAGCCUACAAAUACCCCGACAUCCCUCACCCCGACAACCCUCCUCCUCCGUACGAAGACUCCAUUGGUCCAGACACGCUCCUCUACGUGGACCUUGGGAACAGCAGGAUUCCCAUGGUGCCGAGCCAGAUCAACACCAUGGGAGAUGGGCUUCAGGCCAAUAUUACCAACACGUCUGCUCCUGUACCGGAGUCGGCUCCACCUUCUCAGGAAAAGGAGGACUCCAUGGACAGCAGUAUCCUGCUGGUGGGUCCCGACAUGCCGACAGAUGGCCAGGUGCCCGUGCCCUCAGAGUGUGGUGGCGUCUCCACCCUCAACAAUGUGCUGUAGGAUGACAGACAAGCCGCGGGUGACUGUACCCAGACUGCCCCUACUCGUAAAAGGUGAUAAUGAGUGAAAUCUGAUCCAAAAGCGCAAAGAGAAAACUGACACUGUUCAAAUCGAAUCAGAAAUAUUGUUGAGAUGACUGUUUUGACACUUUGUACAGAAUCAUCAGGACGUGGAUCAACCUGAGGAUGAUGUCUUUUGGUUUUUAUUUUGUGUUUGUCUGAAGACACUCUUGCUACUGCAGUUGGCCUUUUGGUGAAUGUAGAAGUGGGAACAGACUGAAGUUUUUUUUUUCUUUUUUUUUUUUCAUCUACAAAAAAAUACUACGAGAAAGCUGCAUUUUGACUUCAAAUGUUGACUGGGCGAAGCUUUUGAAAUCUGGGAAAUGGUUGAGUCCAUGAUGUAAAUAACCUUUCACCUUGAAAAGAUUUAUUAAACUUUUGUUUAACAGUGCAACAAAAACACAAAUAACAGUUAAGCCAAGCUUUGUUUAUUUUACAUUGUGUUUGCUUCAUAUGGACAUUUAAAUGAAUAUGUAUAUAAUAAAAUAAAAUCCAUUUCUAGGUUAGAAUAAUGUACUCCUUAGCCCCGCCCACCACAGAAAG